AUGGCCAAGCAGCCGAAGCAGCAGGUGCUCUCCCGCUUCUUCUCCCCCAAGCCCCCGCCCCCGCCCUCCACCUCCACCUCCACCCAAGCCCAGCCGCCCAACCCUCCUCCUCCUCCUCCCCCUAAACCCUCCCCGUCCACCGUCGCCUCCUUCUCCCCCGCCAAGCGCGCGCGCGCCCUCUCCCGCUCCCCCAAACCCCCCGCCAAGAAACCCAAACCCAAUCCCAACCCCGACGCCGUCCGCCGCAGGCUCCUCGACCCGCCGCCCCCGGGCCCGAACCCUACCGCCGCCCCCGCCGCCGCCACCCGGGGCUACACCCCGCUGGAGCAGCAGGUGGCAGCCCUCAAGGCGCGCCACCCGGGCAUCCUGCUCAUGGUCGAGGUCGGCUACCGCUUCCGCUUCUUCGGCGACGACGCCGCCGCCGCCGCCGCCGUCCUCGGCAUCGUCGCCCACCCCGACCGCAGCUUCCUCACCGCCAGCGUCCCCACCUUCCGCCUCGCCUUCCACGUCCGCCGCCUCGUCGACGCCGGCCACCGGGUCGGCGUCGUCCGACAGACCGAGACCGCCGCAAUCAAGGCGGCCGCCGCGGCUUCCACGUCCGCGGCCCCGUUCGCGCGGGAGCUGUCGGCCGUCUACACGCGCGCCACCAUCGAGGCCGCGGCGGGGGAGAUGGAGGGCGGCGGCGACCCCGAGGAGGGGAGCAGGUACCUCGUGUGCGUCGUCGACAGGGAGGUGGACACGGUGGGGAGGGAGGGGUUCGUGGUCAAGGUCGGGCUGGUCGCCGUCGAGGUGUCCACCGGUGAGGUCGUCCACGGGGAGUUCAUGGACGGUGCCUCUAGGAGCGGCCUCGAGGCCGUGCUGCUUGACUUGGCGCCCGUCGAGGUCAUACUCGGCACCCCACUCUCAUUCGCCACGGAGAAGCUGAUGAGGGCAUAUGCGGGAUCCGCCUCUAAUGUCCGGGUUGAGUGCACCCCGCUGGCAUGUUUUGGUGAGGGUGGCGCUUUAGCUGAACUUCUGUCUCUGUUUGAGGAGAUGGAUGCCAGCUCACCGACCAUUGAAAGCAAUAAUCAGAUAAUACUAAUGAAUGAAGCUGACACCAAUCCUCAUGGUAUCGACAACAACAAUCUUCAUGGGAUCGAGGGUGUCAUGGCUAUGCCAAAGCUAGUUGUACAAGCAAUGGCGUUGAGCGUUCGCUAUCUCAAGGGUUUCGGUAUGGCAAGGCUAAUCUGCUUUGGUUCUUCGUUUCGGCCAUUUAGUGCUAAUACUGAAAUGUCUCUAUCAGCAAAUGCUCUUCAACAACUUGAGGUAUUGAAGAACAACUCAGAUGGUUCAACAGAAGGGUCUUUGUUCCGAACUAUGAACAACACAUGUACAGCUUUUGGAUCUAGACUGUUUAGACACUGGUUGACUCACCCUUUAUGUGAUAGAAAUCUAAUACGUGCUCGUCACGAUGCGGUUUCUGAGAUCUCUGAAUCGAUGGGAUCACGGCAAGAUUCGGUUAGCAUUCUGCAUGGUGAAGAGGAUGGGUGCUGCACAGCUUUGGUGCGAAGUGAUCUGAGCACCAUUCUUUCAUCUGUUUUAACAAUGCUUGGAAGAUCACUUGAUUCUCAGAGAGGAAUAACAAGGAUUUUUCACUGCAGAGCCACAUCUAAAGAGUUUGUUGGGGUUAUCCAAGCUAUUCUGACAGCUGGAAAGCAGCUGAAGAAGCUUGUUAUCGAUGAUACUGACACUGUGUCUUCUCAGCAUACAACUAUCCACUCUUCUUUGCUGAGAAGGCUAAUAAGUACAGCUUCAUCAUCCUUUGUACUUGCUAAUUCUGUUAAACUUCUGUCGUGUCUUAACAAAGACGCUGCCGAUCAAGGAGAUAUGGCAAAUCUAUUUAUAUCAUCUGUUGAUCAGUUCCCUGAGGUUGCCGAGGGUCAUGUGGCUGUUGAAAUGGCCAAAAGAAAACUGGACAUUUUAAUUGUCGAGUAUCGGAAGCAGCUGGGCAUGCGCAACUUGGAGUACAAAACCAUAGCUGGAACAGCCUAUUUGAUCGAACUACCAUUAGAUAGAAGGGUGCCUUCAGAUUGGAUGAAAGUAAAUAGCACCAAAAAAACUAUCAGAUACCACACUCCUGAUAUUUUGAAGAACUUAAACAAUUUAUUGCUGGCUAAGGAAGAGCUAGCAGUUAUCUGCAGGACAACAUGGCAUACAUUCCUUAUGGAUUUCGGAAAAUAUUAUGCGCAGUUUCAAGCAACUGUUGAAUCUCUUGCAACUCUGGACUGUUUAUACUCUCUUGCCACUCUUGCAAGACAAAAUAAUUAUGUAAAACCUAAUUUUGUUCCUGAGGACGAGGCAAGUCAGAUUCACAUAAAAAAUGGCCGUCAUCCGGUUCUAGAGUCCCUGCUUGGAGACAAUUUUGUUCCAAAUGAUACAGACCUUCAAGCAGAUGGGGAGUACUGCCAGAUUGUUACAGGACCAAAUAUGGGAGGCAAAAGUUGCUAUAUUCGCCAAGUUGCACUAAUUACCAUUAUGGCCCAGGUUGGUUCCUUUGUACCAGCUUCAUCAGCAAGAUUGCAUGUUGUUGAUGGAGUUUAUACUCGGAUGGGUGCAUCUGACAGUAUUCAACAAGGAACAAGUACCUUCUAUGAAGAGUUGAAUGAAGCUUCCAACAUAUUGCAUAACUGCUCAUCUCGAUCCCUAGUUAUCAUUGAUGAGCUUGGUCGUGGAACAAGCACGCAUGAUGGUGUUGCUAUAGCUUACGCUACGUUACACUAUCUCCUCAAAGAGAAGAAAUGCAUUGUCAUUUUUGUCACUCAUUAUCCAAAAAUUCUUGAUAUCCAGAGAGAAUUUGAAGGUUCUGUCGGGGCGUACCAUGUUUCAUAUCUAUCAACAAGGAAGCUGUUGGAAAUCACUGAUGAAAAGAUGGACAUUGACACAGAAACAGAGGAUCUUGGAGAAAUUACUUUCUUGUAUAAACUUGUUGCUGGAGCUUCAGACAGAAGCUUUGGUCUUAAUGUCGCACUGCUUGCACAGCUCCCAUUAAGAUGUAUCAAACGGGCGUCGGUCAUGGCAGCCAAACUGCAAGAAGAGUUGAACGAGCGCGAGAAAAAUAAGCUACCAAGGCUAAUGAACAAGUCAGCCGGAGAUGUACCAUGUGAAAGCUCUCGAGAAGCUGGUCUUGUUUGCACACAGCCUUACCAAGGGUUGAUGGAAGCCUGUCGCAGGGUACUAUGUGACAUGUCAUCCGCUCAAAGCAGUAACUGCAUGACAGAUGUGCUCUCUUGUUUAAAGAACGUGAAGGAGGUUGCCUUGAAGAUAAUUAAUGGCUAG